AUGGAACCCAUAGUUAAAUCUGUCACGAUACCUCCACCGACGGACGUUUUGUACGAGGCAACAGUAAUAACACAACCACAUCAACAGCGAUCCAUGCUGACUCAAGUGAUAGGCUUUGUGCCUAUGCUCUUACUGAAAGUUGUUGGAUUUGCAACAAUCUCCAUUCCAGUAUUUUUCUACCGAGUCUUGACAUGGUCCUUUACGCUCCAUCUCAAUUUUUCAUCCCUGCUGGUCAUUUUGGCUGUUAUUGCCACUGUCGCCUACCUGAUUGUCAGAUAUCGAUUCUUGACGAAAUACUCUCGCUUGAAGCCCAUCAACAAACCACCCAAGGUCGCUUCUUCGUUUGAUUUGCAUCCUGAUACGGGCGAUGAAGAUUAUGCAGAUAAGCCUGGAGGCUACAAGAACUAUCCGGACGAAUUCUUGUCAGCCUUCUUAUCGUCCAUCAAGAUUUUCGGUUACUUGGAGCAGCCUGUGUUUCAUGAAUUGGCACGCCAUUUGCAAACAAAGAAACUGUUGGCUGGAGAUACUCUUUUUAGGAACCCGGAGCAAGAACGUUCCUUUUACAUUGUGGUCGAUGGUCAUGUGCAAAUGUUUGUCAAGCCUGAUAAUACCAGUGACGAGGAAGAUAGCAGCGAUGAGUCUGAUUACGAGGAAGGGAUUGCAGGUGAUUACAAGCCAUGGAAGGAUGACGACGAGUUUAUGGAUCCGGAAAACAGCAGCAGAAAACGCGAUAAGUUCAGGAAAUACACCUUGAUCAACGAAGUCAGUGCUGGUGGCACGUUGUCCAGUUUGUUUACCAUUUUGUCAAUCUUUAGAGAGAGCUUCAACAGAUCAGAGGCCAAGGAAAGACAGCGACAGAAAUCGACCGCUGCUGCUGCAAUGGCUGCUGCCAACACCAAGGCACAUUUAGGCAGAAUGGCUCCCAUUUCAACAGACAUGAGCAGAGAGACGUCGAAGGAUGAAUGGCGUCAAGUGUUUCCUGGGCUGGAAGAACCAGUAAUGUUACAAUCUCGACCUGAUUCUGAAACAAGUGUGGGUGGUGGAUUGAGGAGACGCAGCAAGACCUCGCAACUGCAUCAGACCACCAUGAGCGAUAUGGAAGACAACUACUUUACGGGUGAACAAGACACACAUGCAUUGACAACAGACGCACUGAACAGCAUCGCCAUGCCUGUGCCUCUUCGCAAACUGUCCGGCACCUCUUCUCCGUCAAUAUUGGCUCGCCCUGAGCUGUAUUCACACAGCAGCAUCGCACGUCGUUCUUAUAGAUCUGUUCAUCCAAAUAUCAUUGCACGUGCAACUGUUGACACAACAUUAGCUGUUAUACCCGAGGAAGCGUUUCAUAAGCUGACACAGAAAUUUCCUAAAGCAGCUGCACAUAUCGUACAAGUGAUUGUUACAAGAUUUCAGCGUGUGACAUUGAUGACAAGUCAUAGGUAUCUCGGUUUGACAAAGGAAUUGCUACGUUUGGAGAAGCUGGUCAAUGAGUCUGCUAGUCUGCUGGAACUGCCUCCCAACUUUUUUGCUCCUGGUGGCAUGGAUCGCUUGAGACGCAAGUUCAAUGACGAAGAGACUUCAUCUGAAGAGGGUGAUGGCAGUAUGGGCCCUUCUGAAAUCAGUCGUAGCGAAAGCUCUGGCAUCAUUCAAGCAAUUGGCAUCAUUGACAUUCCUGGAACACCCUCAUUGCACAUCAAUAGCCCUGCCAAUGGCGGCACAACAAACCUCGGCACUUCUCCUGUUUCAGCAACCAAAGGGGGCUCUCCUCACUUGACUCGUCAAAAGCUGAAUCGUAAAGGCGAAUACAGUGUAGAGGAUGAUGAGCAUUUGAGGACCUCUGUGAUGCACUGUAUCUCGGAUGCGCUGGGAAUCAAAGCCAAACCUACUUCAGUGUCUGGUCACCAUGGCAGCGACCCCCAUUCUCGCUCAUCUCCUCGGGCACCUCGUAGAUUCCCUCAAUAUCCCAUGGAUCUUUUUACCCACACCGGCAGUAUUGGCUCUACUGGUUCUCCUUCAUUAGAUCCUUAUGAUGAAUCCUACUAUGACGACGAUAUGGAUGCUCGUUCCACUACCUCUUCUGUUCACUCUGGCAACAAUGGUUCUGACGUCUUUAGUCACAGCAAGCAUGUGGACCCCAUCUCACCUGAAGACGUUCAAAUCUUGUAUUUCCCCAAGGAUGCUGUGUUGGUCAGAGAAGGUGCCCAUAACAAUGGUUUGUUCUUUGUUAUUGAUGGUCUGCUAGAAGCCUCUAUGACGCCUGCUGCUGGCGAAGAUGUUUUGGGAGACAACAAGGGCAAGAGCAAGAAGGGCAAAAAAAGUCGCCAGUCUGUGCAUCAUCGCAAAUCUCGUAUCGUUGAUUCUGAUUUUAACCUGACACCCACAUCCUCUACUUCCUCUGUUGCUCAGGCUGAAAAACAUGCUGAUCCAAGCAGGGUAUCCAGUACAAGUGCCAAGCAAGACAAGGUAGUGGCCUCGGAUGCUCCUGCUGGACGUUCCAAUGAAAAUGGCAAAAACGAAGAUGAUCAAGAAACAGCCAAGAAGCCCUUGUUCAUUAUCAAGCCUGGUGGUCUGGCUGGUUAUUUGGAUGCGUUGACUGGUUUCCCUAGUUUUGUAGAAAUCAAGGCCAAAACUGAUACCUAUGUGGGUUAUGUCUCCAAAAAGCGACUGGAUCGUAUUACUGACAAGAAUCCUUCUGUCAUGCUGAAGCUUGCCAAUCAACUUGUGGGUCACGUCAGUCCAUUGAUUUUGCACAUUGAUAUUUCGUUGGAAUGGAUGCAAGUGAAUGCUGGUCAGAUUAUUUGCAGAGAAGGCGAACCCAGUGAUGCUAUUUACAUGGUACUUCAUGGCCGUUUGAGAACGAUUCAUGAAAAGAAGGAGGGCGAAAUCGAGAUUUUGGGCGAAUUUGGUCAUGGCGAUAGUGUGGGUGAACUUGAAGUGUUGACUGGUGUUCCCACGUCGUCUACGCUUCAUGCCAUCCGUGAUACUGAGCUUGCACGCAUGCCCAAGACUUUGUUCAACGCAUUGGCGCUUCGUCACCCUGAAAUCACAUUGCAAAUCUCUCGCAUGGUCGCUUUCAGAUCGCUGCAACUAGUGAUGCACAGAAACUCACCUGGCUCUGGCGGCUCCAAUCCUUCCAACAUGCUUCAUCUCAAGACAAGUGCUGAUGCAUCUGCUGCCAUCUCUUCCAUCACGAGCAACGGCCCCAACAACUACCCCGAGCUGUAUGGACGCAACAAUGUCAAUCUCAAGACGAUUGGUAUCAUCCCUGUAAACUCCUCCGUGCCUAUCUCUGAAUUCGCAGAGAGUCUCAAGACCGAGCUGCUUCAUUCAGUGGGUGCCACAUGUGCUCUUUUGAACAGUGCUUCCGUAACCACCAUGAUGGGCAAAUACGCCUUCUCUCGUCUCGGUAAACUAAAGAUGGCCUCAUGGCUGGCGGAUCAAGAAGAGAAAUACCGCAUUGUGCUGUAUUUAGCAGACAGUGGUGUCACUUCUCAAUGGACGCGCACGUGUAUCCGUCAAUCGGAUUGUAUUCUGCUGGUGGGUCUGGGCGAUGGGGAUCCAUCUGUGGGUGAAUACGAGCGUUUCUUGAUCAACAUGAAGACCACAGCACGCAAAGAGCUUGUCUUGCUCCAUGGCGAACGAUCUUGUGCAUCUGGUACGACCCAAAACUGGCUCAAGAAUCGUCUCUGGAUCCAGGCUCAUCAUCACAUUUACAUGCCCAUGAAGCAACAUGCUGCGCUCGCUGUCAAUGAACGAUUCAGACCACCAUGGCUAGCUGAGCAAGGCCGCAAAAUGACAGCUGGCUCUAUCAACAUGCUGGCCAACGUGAAGGAUCAAAUCAAAGAGUACUAUUCUGCUGUUCCCAACUUUGGCCGUCUCUUGGAUGUCAAAAAGACAAACACCAGUUCCAUCAAUGCCAUGAGCUCUCCUGCUCGUAAUGACUUUGCUCGUUUGGCUCGUCGUCUCUGCGGUAAAUCAGUUGCUCUCGUCUUGGGUGGUGGCGGUGCUCGUGGUGUGGGUCAUGUUGGCGUGAUCCAAGCCAUUGAAGAAGCUGGAAUCCCUAUUGAUAUCAUUGGUGGCACGAGUAUCGGCAGUUUUGUCGGUGGUCUGUAUGCUCGUAACAUGGAUUUGGUCUCUGUCAUUGCUAGAAGCAAAAUGUUUGCUGGCCGUGUUUCCAGUAUUUGGAGACAGAUCAUGGAUCUGACAUACCCUGUCACUGCUUGGUUUACUGGCCACGAAUUCAAUCGUGCUAUCUGGAAGUGCUUGGGCGAUAGUCAGAUUGAAGAUUACUGGUUGCCAUUCUACGCUGUUACUACCAAUAUCACCUUUUCUCGUAUGGAAGUGCAUACUACAGGCUACGCAUGGCGUUACAUCCGUGCAUCCAUGUCCCUGUCCGGCUAUAUGCCACCCAUUUGCGAUAACGGCAACAUGUUGGUGGACGGUGGCUACAUGGACAACUUGCCUGUGUCGGUGGCAAAAGAUAUGGGUGCUGAUAUUAUCAUUGCUGUCGAUGUUGCAUCAGAAGACGACACCAGUCCUGUCUACUAUGGCGACUCUAUCAGUGGUUGGUGGGCUCUCCUGCAUGGAUUUAAUCCCUUUAGAACAUACAAUGUACCCAGUAUUGCAGACAUUCAAAGUCGAUUGGCCUAUGUCAGUAGUGUUUCCAGACUGGAAGAAGCCAAGGUGACUGACGGUACACUGUAUCUCAAGCUUCCUGUGCAACAAUGGGGCACAUUGGAGUUUGCAAAGUACAAUGACAUCUUCCAAAAGGGCUAUGAUGUAGGCCGUGAAGUUGUGAGCAAAUGGAGGAAGGCCGGCUAUGCUUCAGGCAGAAUCUCGGAAGGGGAUCAAGAUGGACAAUUAGCAGGAAAAGAAGUGAAGGGAAAGAGAGGUAGAAGAAAUAGUAUCUAA